ACUGAACCUUUGGACAGUGUUUCCAUCUUGCCGAUGCCCGGGCCAGAGUGUAGCAAUCGACCCUAUUUGGCAUAUUUGACUGAUUCACUCAGCCUUCCACAGCAACUGAGCACAUUGUGUUAGGUUAUGUUACGCCGCGUUGGCUCCGUGCGUCAUGCGGGGGGCAGUCAAGCAAGAUCACAAGGGUGUUUGUUCGGCUGCCGCGCGCGUUUGUUGACUUCACUUUUACUAACCCCCCCUUCCCCCCCAACUAUUGCUCAUGUAUGCCGAUAUCAGGUCUUUGACCAGAGAGCUCGCUACCGUCAUCAAACGUGGAUCCGAACGUGUUCGCACACGAUCGUUGUUGGUUUCUGCUGACCGCGACUCGAUACUUUUGCAAGUCUGUGACUGGGCUAUCACUGGUGGACAGGACGCGUCGGUCCAGGAGGACGUUACGAACGACACGGAGGUGGUGGAAGUUCCAUACGUUUGCUCCGAAGACGAUGGCGAGUCUGAAUCUGAUUCACAGACGACUUUCGACUCCCUUGAGAGCGACGACAGAUCCACCCUGUACAACAGCUCUUUCGACCAAUCGGGAAGGACAUCCCCCGAUGCCAAGCACAGUUUCUUUGACCACAGCCAUGGUUCUGUAACCGCCACUCUCCCACGAUCUCCUGUUGUUGCACAGCGCGAACGACGAACCCACACCCACACCCACACCUUCGAUCUGAAAGCAGCUGCAGAGCUCGAAGAGCAGGUUGAUAUUCUCCAUCACCAGAAUGGUCAGCUAGAAGAAGAGGUUCAACACGCGUUGGAGCAGAGUCGAAACGAAUAUUUGGUCCAUUUGCGGGUGGAGCGUGCUAAUUGGAAGGGCCGGUUUGAUAUCCUGAAGGAGGCCGCGAACGAGAUCGAGCUGAAACUGCACAGCUCCGAGGCUGCGCGUCUUCGUCUGGAGCAGAGGCUGUUGGACGCCGCCAGGGAAAGGGAGAUGUUGCAGGCACAGCUUGAGGAAGAGCAGUCGGAACAAUCCCGGCUGAAGCGUCGUCUUGCCGAUACCCACACUCAGUUACGGCGGAGAUGUUCUGAAAUGGAGGACCUGGUGGUUCGGAUCAAUGCUGCCGCCGAAGAGACAUCCUCCCGUGUGGCAGCGGAACGAGAUAGUGCGCUAGCGGCGAACGUGAUCGCGCGUCAUGCGAUCUCCGUUUUGGAGAAGGAGAAGGCGGAGGGUAAAGCUUUGGCUCUGGAUAUUUGGGAUGAGUAUGAGCGUGUUCGGUCCGCGGAAACGAGCGCUCGGGUGAGGGAGCAGGAAAGGGACGAUGCUCUGGCGUUAGUUUCCGAUCUUCAGGGCCAGGUUUCCGAUUUGAACGAGCAGCUUCAAGCUGCUCAUGGGAAAUGCGAAGUGCUGGAACAAGAGGUACUUCAGCUACGGCACGAAGCCACUCGACAGGAGAGGGAAGCAGAGGAGGAGGAGGAGACGAGACGGAUGGAGGCUCAACGUCAGGUGGAACUGGAAGCGUCGAGGAAGAGGAUGCAGCAGAUGCUGGAGGAAGAAACACAGCGGAAGCAGCGGAGGAACGCGCUAUCCAGAACGAACGGGAGGAACGAGAGCGUCGAGAGCGAGAACGGAGAACAAGAUGGCGCGAGGCGACGACGGCAGAAGAAGAACGAUGCCGUAGACGAGACGAGGAGAAUUGGAACCUCUCGCUCGGUCAACUGUGGUCCUACCAGAAGGCGAUAAAUCGGUUUUUAUUCGUCUUGAAAGAAUUCGAGACGACCCAAUUCUCCGAGUCUAAACCCCUGACGCCCUCGGGAGUGCCUUGGCCUGUUUUGAUCGGUCCGAACCGAUUUUAUGUGGGUAUGUUGGAGGAUUGGACGCUGGCCGACAAGUUCUUUGAGCGUGCGAGGAGAUCUCUUCCUUUUGAUGCGUACAGGGAUCUUAUUUCUAGGA